AUGCCUUCCAUCCUCACUGAUGCUGAUAAAGAGACUGUCAAGCGAACUGUCCCAAAGGCUUCCAACAAGAUCCAGGCCGUUGCCGUAGCAAGGCUCUAUGUCGCUCACCCCGAUCGAAACCGAUGGACCUAUACUGGUCUCCAGGGCGCGGCCGUUCUCAGCAAUGACCUAGUUGGAAAUACCUUCUGGCUCAAAUUGGUCGACAUCUCCUCCUCCAACAGAGGUGUCAUCUGGGACCAGGAGAUCUAUGACACUUUCCAGUAUAACCAGGAUCGCACCUUUUUCCAUUCCUUCGAGCUCGAACAGUGCUUGGCCGGCCUGUCCUUUAUCGACGAGAAAGAAGCGAGGCAAUUUAAGAAGAAAAUGGACGAGAGGGAAAAGAAUGCUAGCAAGCAGACAAAGGCACAGCCAUUUGCUUCUUCGGUUGGAGGAGGCCAGAUCUAUGUCCCUGGCGGCUCUCACAAACACCACAGUCGAGUAGGCAAUUUUCUCCGUGGCCACAGGCACAGUUCAGUCCCGAGUCAGCCGCAGCAGCCCCAGUCUAUUGUUCCCCAGCCUAUCUACGGUUCGGGAAAUUCGCUUCCAGCCCGACCACAGAGCAGUGCAGGCGGUGCUAUUGAUCUCUCCGAUCCCACAUGGAGGCCAAUUCUGAAUGAACUGCUCGAGAUGGGUAUCACUGAGGACCAGAUCGAGCAGAAUGCCGACUUCAUCAAGAAUUAUGUCAAACAAAAACAGGCCGAGGAGAUGGCCAAUGGAAUUGCCCAAGCCUUACCUUCACCUGGAGAGACAAGGGCAGGUAGAGCUCCUCCCCCUCCACCGCCUCCUGCAGCACCUCCGUCGAGGAUAAGUCCCGAGAAUACAGGAACGAGCUCAAGCCGAAGAGGUCCUCCGCCCGCUCCACCACCGUCUCGGAGACCUGUUGGUGGACGAGCUCCUUCGCCCCCUCCUGCCCGCUCUCCUUCCCCGCCUCCCAGAACUCCGUCGCCAGCUCCGAGCCCUCAACCAAGGUUCCGUGCCCCUCCGCCACUCGCAGACGCUGGUAAAUUCGCCGGGAAACCUGGUCCUCCAAUACACUCUUCAGGCAGGGACCGUGCCUCGUCCGCAUCCCUCGCGAACCCAGGACCACCACCUCCACCUCGUCCGCCCAAGACGCCUGUCGACGAGGAUCAACCACAAGGAAUGUUCAGAGUUCCGCCACCGUUUGCCGGAGAGCGUAAAUCCUCAGCUCCUCCACCACCUCCGAGCCGUGGUCCAGUGCCGCCGCCUCCGCCCAGUCGAGACAGCGCCUAUGGAGGCGUACCACCACCGCUGCCACCAAAAGCAGCUGGGCCACCACCCAGUCAUGCCACCGCACCAGCCUUCGUCCCUCCUCCUCCACCUCCACCUCCUGGUCGCAACAACGCUCCACCUCUCCCACCGCCCAACACUAGGGCAGUACCUCCUCCACCCACCAGUGCCGGGCCACCACCGCCUCCCCCUCCCCCUCCACCAAUGCCAUCCUCAUCUGGACCUCCACUUCCCCCUCCGCCUCCGCCUAUGCCCUCCUCUUCCGGCCCGCCCCCGCCUCCACCUCCACCUCCUCCAGGCGGAGCAGGGCCCCCUCCCCCUCCCCUCCCUUCAGGAGGAGGCGGCGACCCACACGACAGUCUCCUCGCCGCUAUACGCGGCUCAGGCGGCAAAGCAGGUGGAGGGCUACGAAAGGUCAAAGACAGCGAGAAGCGCGAUCGUUCUGCAGCGCAGGUACCAGGCGGCGAAGCCGCGGCCCCUGCCUCAUCUGGAGGAGGUGGUCCAGGGUCACCCGCGGGUGGUGCAGAUCAAGGUGGUCUUGCAGGCGCGCUGGCUGCUGCGCUGAGUCAGAGGAAGAAGAAAGUCAGUGGUAGUGGUAGGUCUUCAAUACCCUUUUCUAGGGUGAAAAUGGUCCUUCGUUUCAGAUGUGUACUAAUUCGGGCUGUAUAG